CAGCGCCAAAUAUACCUGCAGGUCAAGGGUGAAGCCAGUGCGCAUGUGUGGGUCCGUCAGCAGAAGAUCCAAGCUCGAAAGACUUGACCCUUCAAGACGGCAGUCUCAGCCGAAAUUGUACUUUAAGAUCCCCUUGAGUCAACCGGAUACGCCUUGAUCAAGGGACAAGGACAGAGGCGCUCUCUUGCUGUUUUUUCCGGAGGCGGUUUUAUUUCGUGUGGCCACCAUAUAAUAAUUAUUUCUGGCCCCUGCACAAGUUCACGUCACUGGAACUAAAAACUGAUGAAGCAUCGCGAUCACAUCGGCCGGGCGACGGAUAAUGUCUGGUGGCAGCUCGGCUGCAGAUAGAACCCUGCCUGUCAGCAGUUAUGGCAGACACGAAUAUCACACGACUAGCGGGGCAGAGGGAGACAGGGGACCGGGCACGUCUCCGCUUUGAGCGCUCGCUGCAGGUGUGUCCACCAUGGGUGCAGCGGAUGGGGCUGGAGGCAGAGCUGUCGGGCCACAGCGGCUGCGUCAACUGUCUGGAGUGGAACGAACAGGGAAAUUUGCUUGCCAGCGGUUCGGACGACCUGAACGCCAUCAUCUGGCAGCCUCUGGUUCACAAGCAGCUCUGCCUGCUGCGCACAGGGCACCAGGGGAACAUCUUCUCUGUCAAGUUCCUCCCGAGUUCCGGGGACAGAAUUGUUGCCACGGCAGCGGCGGACUGUAAGGUUCACGUCCACGACAUCAAUACGAAGGAAGUCACGCAGGUUUUCACGUGCCACACAGGCAGGGUGAAGAGGCUUGCCACCGCGCCCAACGUGCCUUACAUGUUCUGGAGCGCCUCAGAAGAUGGGACUAUCAGGCAGUUUGACCUGCGGAUGUCAGCGCGAGACGCCAUGAUCCUGGUGGACCUGACCCAGUACUGCGGUACCAGCGUCGAGGUCAAGUGCAUCUCCAUCAACCCCCGGCGCCCGGAGAUCAUGGCCGCGGGCGCAAACGACCCCUACAUCCGGAUGUACGACACGCGGGCGGUGUCCGCGCACCGGGCGAAGCACUCCGAGCGGAGAAGGGGAGGGUUUCACGGCUCGUCGGAGGCGGACUUGAACCUCCCAGCAGGCUGUGCACAGUACUAUGUAGCAGGCCAUCUCCCCAUGAAACAGAGCGACUACCAGAGAAGGUUCCGGACGCUCGUCUCCACGUACGUCACGUUCAGCCCCGACGGGAACGAGCUCCUGGUCAACCUGGGAGGGGAGCAGGUCUACCUUUUUGACGUCGUCCGGCCGCGAAAGCCGCACAGGUUCCAGCUAGGUGACUACAUGCCUGCGACGACGCUACAGCCUCAUGACAAUGGAGUUGUCAGUAAAGCUCACCAUGCUGCGGCCCAUGCAGCAGCCAGCACCAGUAACGGGGUCACCAACGGCAUCGCUGCCAAACUGCACCACACCAAUGGCUUCAGCCUGCUGGAGGGCAAGACGUCCCUGAAGCCAGUGGGAAACCUCCCUCCCAGAGCAGAAGCCCUGAAACUCCGCGCCAACGAGGUGUUCUGUCGUCAGCAGUUUUCCCUGGCCAUUGCCCUGUACAACCAGGCUAUCCAGCUGGCACCCAACUCUGGGAUUCUGUAUGGCAACAGGGCAGCUGCCUACAUGAAGAGGGGAUGGGAUGGAGACAUCUAUUCAGCACUGCGAGACUGUCACACGGCUCUGUCCAUCGACCCCAACCAUAUCAAGGCACACUUCCGGCUAGCGAGGUGUCUACAUGAGCUCCAGUGGACUAAAGAGUCGCUUGACUGCCUGAACCAGUUCCGUGGUCGGUUCCCGGAGCACGCACACAGUCAGGCAUGCGAUAUGCUCGACAAGGACAUCAAGGCCUCGCUCUUCUCUAAGUCUGACCAUGAUGAAGAUAAAAGUACAAAAUCCGACACAUCGCCCAACCGGAGGAGACAAGGGGAUGCUGUGUCCGAAGCAGAGAAGACGCUACGGGAAAACUCCUUAGACUACGAGACAAGAUUCUGUGGGCACUGUAACACUACCACAGACAUUAAGGAGGCCAACUUCUUUGGAAACAAUGGUCAGUACAUCGUCGCUGGGUCUGACGACGGAUCGUUUUUCAUGUGGGAGAAGAAAACGACGAACAUCGUCCGCGUUCUGCGGGGCGAUGACUCCAUCGUCAACUGCCUGCAGCCCCACCCCAGUCACUGUCUCCUAGCAACCAGUGGCAUUGACCCGGUGGUCCGACUAUGGAGCCCCAGGCCAGAGGACGGGUCAAACGAGGAGCGUCUGGUGGAGGAGAUGGAGUCCGCAGCGCUGGCCAAUCAGAAGCGGAUGAAUGCGGACCCCCUGGAGGUCAUGCUGCUGAACAUGGGGUAUCGGAUUACGGGCAUCUCGGAGGGGUCGGAUGACGAGGCGGGGGACGGGCCUGCCCAGUGUCGGCCUAGCUGAUCCUGGCACCACACACGCACGCACAUGUACAUACACGCAUGCACGCACA